AUGGGGCAUAGUAGAGUUGUCUGGGGUCUUGUAAUAUAUUGUGUCUUGGCUAGUCAAAUUUUGCUUGCAAUGGAAAAUGAAGGGUCAUGCACAGCUACUAACUACGGAGAUGCCCUUGGCAAAGCAAUCUUAUUUUUUGAAGGGCAACGUUCUGGGAAAUUGCCUGCCAACCAGCGAGUAAAAUGGAGGGGAAAUUCUGCUCUCUCUGACGGCCAGCCUGAUAAUGUGAAUUUAAUAGGAGGCUACUAUGAUGCUGGGGAUAAUGUGAAAUUUGGAUGGCCGGUGGCAUUUACUGUUACUUUGUUGAGUUGGGCUGGAAUUGAGUAUCAGAAAGAGAUAUCUUCUGUCAACCAGCUUGGUUAUCUCCACAGUGCAAUCCGUUGGGGCACUGACUUUAUUUUGCAAUGUCAUACUUCAUCCACAACAUUUUACAUCCAGGUUGGGGAUGGAAAUGCUGAUCACCAGUGCUGGGAACGUCCUGAAGAUAUGGAAACUCCUCGAACACUCUACAAGAUUACUCCGAAUUCACCUGGAACUGAGGCUGCAGCUGAGGCAGCAGCCGCUCUUUCGGCUGCUUCAAUUGUUUUCAAGGCUGUCGACUCCAGCUAUUCCUCCAAGCUAUUACAACAAUCAGAAUCAUUGUUUGAUUUGGCAGACAAGUAUAGAUCAUCUUAUAAAGAUUCUUGCCCUUUCUACUGUUCAUUCUCGGGCUAUCAGGAUGAAUUAUUGUGGGCUGCAACUUGGCUGUAUAAGGCUAGUGGUGAAAACAAGUACUUGAGCUACAUCUCGAGCAAUAAAGGCUGGAGUCAGGCGGUGUCAGAGUUCAGUUGGGACAACAAAUUUGCCGGAGUUCAGACAUUACUUGCAAAGGAAUUCUAUGGUGGGAAAAAGGAUUUGGACAAGUUUAAGAGUGAUGCAGAAUCAUUUGUAUGUGCAUUGAUGCCGGGGAGUAGUUCUGUACAGAUUAAAACAACUCCUGGUGGGCUUCUGUAUACUAGAGAUAGUUCUAAUUUGCAAUAUGUCACAAGCUCUUCCAUGCUGCUAUUUAUCUACUCCAAUACCUUGACAGCAGCUCAUGUUAGUGGUGUCCAGUGUGGCUCUGCACAUUUCUCUGCAUCUCAGAUUAAAGCCUUUGCAAAAUCACAGGUGGACUAUAUACUUGGGUGCAACCCAAUGAAGAUGUCAUACAUGGUGGGUUUUGGCAGCAAAUACCCUACUCAAAUUCACCAUAGGGGUGCAUCCAUCCCCUCGAUCCAAGCACACCCAUCAAAGGUUGGCUGCAAUGAUGGCUACUCUAGCUAUUACUUUUCUAGCCAACCAAAUCCAAACACACAUGUUGGUGCCAUUGUUGGAGGUCCGGAUUCAAAUGACCAGUACAAAGAUUUAAGAUCAGACUACUCUCAUGCUGAACCUACAACUUACAUGAAUGCAGCCUUUGUGGGCUCAGUGUCUGCUUUGGUAGCUGAAAGCAAAGCAGAGUGCUCGCAAUUGUGGCAUCCGGCUAAAACCAAGAAGAUGACUGAUUACAUGUAG